UCCUGUCAUCAUCUCGGAAUUUCCAUUUCGGCUUCUCCCAGCUGCCUCCAGGACUCCCUUUUAAAAGGGGGCUGAAUCCAACUGCUGCACACUGAGCUGCAUCUUCCAGAGCUUCUGCUCCUGCUCCGACAGCCCUCACCUGGUGGAAAGAUGAGGGUCUCUGCAGCUGGAUUGGCUCUUCUCCUCAUUUUAGCUUCCUUCUCCCAAACUUUCUCUGGCCCAGCUGGACUCGACAUGCCAAUAUGCUGUUUCACAUACAGACAGCACAAAAUCCCAUGGAAGCUCGUCCGGCGUCAUUACACCACCAGCAGCAGCUGUCCCCAGCCAGCCAUCGUGUUUGUCACAAAGGAAGGCCGCCAGGUCUGUGCCAAUCCCAAACACACCUGGGUCCGAAGCUACCUGCAAAUCUUGGAGCAGAACUGAGCCAAGCAGUGUGGCAAGAGUAGCUACUGUCAUGGACAAGUCAGCUCCAGCUGUGGAGCAGGACCUUGGGACAACAGGAGCCACAUCUGCAUCUGCAGCUGUCCCAAGGCACUGCUGGAAGGGCACCUUGUGUUUGGGGCUGCUGCUCAUCCUUGGCUUGCACGGACCAGGCUUCAGCCUCAUCCCUCUGCCCCAAACCCAGGCCCAUGGGACCACACCUUGGCUGUUGUAUUGUUUGAAGUUAUUUAAGAAAUCAUCAUAUGGGACAGUCAGUCCUUUUUUUUUCUGUGGAUAAUGAUAUUAUUUAUAGGGGGGUGACAGGGAAGAUAUUUCUAGGAAGAUGGCCCAAUGUCGGAUGAUGGAGGACCCUGGUUUAUACAUGUCAACCCAUGAUUCUGGAGAAUAAAGAAUUUGGAGAAAACCUUUGCUUUUUCCUUUUUACG